AGUGGGAGGGACCAGGAGUCACCAAGCUUCAAUUCACUGUCCUGCCUCCAGAAGUGAACCAACCCUAACGUCUGCACUGACAGCUAAGGGCCUACGAGAAAAGGAUUUUCGGGAGUGUACUGCCGAGACAGGAAGAGACUGAUACACAGCUUCACUUAUGUCACAUUCUCAGUGCAACAUUUUCCUGAUUUGCCCUGGUCCGUCUCAAUCCCUGCUCAUAUUUCAGACUGCACCAUGGGCUCCAUGUGGGACACACUGACGGAUUUCUACACUUGGGCUCUGCACAACGGAGACCCACGCACUGACCCAUGGCUCCUAGUUUAUUCCCCGGUCCCAGUGAUCCUCAUCUUUGCUCUAUAUCUGCUCCUUGUGGCCCUGGGGCCCCGGCUGAUGGAGAAACGGGAAGCAUUCACCCUGCGCUCUGUUCUCCUUGUUUACAACCUGUCUCUGGUCGGACUGUCAGUCUACAUGUUUUAUGAGUUUCUGGUGACCUCGGUGCUCGCAGGGUACAGCUAUUUAUGCCAGCCAGUGGAUUACAGUAACAGCGAAUUGGGCAUGCGGAUGGCACGGGUUUGCUGGUGGUUCUUCUUCUCGAAAGUGAUUGAGCUACUGGACACAAUAUUUUUCAUCAUGAGGAAGAAGUUUAACCAGAUCUCAUUCCUCCACGUCUAUCACCAUGCAACCAUGAUCUUCAAUUGGUGGGCAGGGGUCAAGUAUGUUGCUGGUGGACAAGCUUUCUUCAUCGGCAUGCUGAAUUCCUUUGUUCAUAUCUUCAUGUACUUGUAUUAUGGCCUCGCUGUGCUGGGUCCUAAGAUGCAGAAAUAUCUGUGGUGGAAACGCUACCUGACUUUGCUACAGUUGACUCAGUUUGGAGCCAUUGCUCUACACUCCAGCUAUAACCUUGUGACAGAUUGUCCAUUCCCAGAUGGCUUUAAUGGAGUUGUCUUUGCUUACAUUGUCAGCCUCAUCAUCCUCUUCCUCAAUUUCUACUACCAGACCUACUUGCGUCGGCCACGUGAAAAAAAGCUGUAGGAGAGCGUGAUAUAUAAUUAAUUUUCUUCUGUGAAGACCAGAGGGACUGUGUAUGGAACAGAAGACAAUUACAAUGGAGGGCCUACAAAACAAAACACAAGCAAAGCUUUGGACAGGGAGGGGGUACAGCAUUUCAAUGGAGGAGAGACCAGACUUCAGUCAUAGUAAAGGAUGGUCUCCAGUCUGCUAUUAUUGAUGUUAUGAAAUGAGUCAUUGGCAUUGCAAACACAAGGAAACUACAGAAACUUUGUUUGUACCAGUCACUUGAGAGCUCAUACAGAUAUCAAACAGAGGACCUGGUGCCGUUCAAAGCACAGGAAUUCAGAAACGCUGCUCAGUUGGUUCCUAUGGGAUCACUUUUCACAUUCUGUCUGAUCCACGCAGCAGGACUGCCUAGAACCCAAGUAUGUCUCCUCUGAGAUAACUCCAGUAUGAAACAAACCCUUAACAUGAUACACAUUCCUUAUUUAUCUAAAACAAAUUAGCCAGUCUUGCAUAUUUUAGAACUAUGCCCAAGCCUCAGGGGAACUGAACAUUAUCCUUUCUGCCUCCAACCCAUCAGAAACUCAUAAAGCAAUCCAAGCCAAGCCAAAAGAACAACAUAAGAACAAUCUAAUGCAGAACCACGAAGCUCAAGGUUAUCCAAGAACUACCUCAUUGAGGUCCAGUUUGAAUGGUGACAGUCUUGUGUCUUAACAUAACUAAUUCCAAAAUGAUUGGGUUUAGGUGCACACAGAGACGUUGAGCCAUGUCACGGAUCGUUCAUACUGAAGAAUUAAUUCCGUGCCUCCUUCUCUACAUUCAUUCAUUUCUGUUGGCUUCUCAUUGAUAAAAGAGGGCAGAAAUUUGUGUUCUUGUAAUUGUUGUUUGCCAGUUUCACACUGGAUCCUACUUGAAAGAUGGUUGUCUUUAGCCAUCAGGAACCAUUUAUUCUGUGGUUGACUUGUUUGGCAAAACCAAGAGUUUAGAAACAAAACAUGUCAAUGGCAAUCAUAUCCUCACAACUGUGACUCCAAGAAGGCAAAAUAGUUAUGUUUUUUCAUGGCUGUAAUAUCUUGGCCCAUGAUUGGUAGCCAUGUUUGAAGUGCAAAAGUAGCCACCAACUUGGAAUGUUCAAUCAUUAUAAAGUAAUAAAACAGGCCACCUGUGUCCAAAAUAAA